UCACAAAUGUUUCAUGGAUUCUGCUUUAUAGGUUCAAAAUAGGAUUAGAUUUCUCGAGAAGCAGUUGGCUGACAAGAAAGCAAAGGAGCAGAAACUCGCCGAAGAGGAGGAGAACUUGCCAAAGUUGUUACACCAAGCAAAGAAUACCCAAGCUGAGCUCAGAGCAAAAUGCGAAGAACUGGAAGAAUUCAUAAAGAACACGAGGCAGCGAAGGGAAGAUUUUAAUCAAGAUGAACUGAAGUUCCUGAGAGAACAGAAGCAAUGUAUCGAAGAACUAAACGAAAAGGAAGCAACUCUCAAGGGACUGAGGAACGAAGUAGAGAAGCUGAAAAGACAAGUCGAAGCGUUAUCUCUGCACCAAACGCAGGAGUUCGAUGUUAUGCCUAAACAAAAAAAGACUGCCGAAGACGAUCCUAUGGACUCUUUCGAGAACUUGUCAUUGAUAGAGCAGCCGCCCGAAAAGAAAGACAAAAAGGCUAAGAAGAAGGGGACCGACGAAGAGGAGGAGUACUUGGAAUCAGCGGAUGGAACGGUGCCAAAAUUGACGAAAGAAGAAGUUGCGGGACUAAAUCGAGAAGACAUAAAGUUCAAACUGACUAACAUCGAACAAAAGCAGCUGUCAUCCCGAACAGAUAUCAAUAUGCAUAUAAUACAAGAUUAUAAAGCGAAGGUAUGA